AUGUCUUCAAAGGAUAUUGACUUAUCGUCGGAUGAGGAAGGAGACUACACCACGACAAAUGUCACACUUGGCUAUGCUUCUGUUGAAUUGACUGGCGAUGACAUCAGUCAAGUUGGUGGGUAUCCAACGUGGAUCGAUGCCAAUUCCACUCCCCCGGCAGCACUUGCGAGAUGCAAGGUCUGCAAUGGGUACACAUCCCUCCUCCUACAACUCAACGCCGACCUCCAGCAACACUUUCCACAAGACAGCAGAAGGUUACAUGUGCUAUGUUGUCCGAAGAAGGCAUGUUCAAAGAAGAUUGGAAGCGUGAGAGCCUUGCGAGAAGUGAAGAAACCAGCGUCAAGGAAGCAAACAUCUGAGUCACCAAGACCUUCCGCUGUCUCCGUGCAGCCCAGACAAGAUCUCGGAUCUGCUCUCUUUGGCGGCCCUACAAGUCCCCCACCAUCGAAUGCCAAUCCGUUUUCGACGUCUUCGUCGACUGCUCCUCAGAAUCCUUUCUCCAGCCUGGGACCAGCCUCUUCACUGGCAGCAUUGCCACCACAAACCCCCGUCAACGACCCCGAGCCGCCCACUUCAACUUUCGCCGACAAGCUCAAGAUCUCCUCGUCAGUACCUACAGCUAGUUCCAGGACGCAAGAGCCUUGGCCAGAGCAGUCCGCUUUUCCACCUCCAUUCGCGCAAUUGUACCUAGAUGCAGAAGCCGAAGAGCUCGAUCCAGAGGAAACUGCUGAGCCUGCCAAUGGGCCAUCCAAGACCCAGUACGAUGUCGACGAUUCCAACAGCAAUGCGUUGGAUAAGGACACAUUCGAAUCAUCUCUUGACAAGACCUUUCAGAAGUUCUCCGAUCGAAUAGCACAGAAUCCGGAGCAGGUGCUCCGGUACGAGUUCAAGGGGCAGCCACUACUUUAUUCCGGGCACGAUGACGUGGCGACGCGAUUUGUUGUGCCCCAUGGAAAGGCUGGUGCAACUAGAGGGAUCCCGAGAUGUGAGAGCUGCGGCAGUCAGCGGGUGUUUGAGCUACAAUUGGUGCCUGGGCUCAUCUACGAGCUGGAGAAGAACGUAGCCAUGGAUUUGGAAGAAGGCAUGGAGUGGGGUACGAUCUUGGUCGGCACCUGUGCGAACAAUUGCGGUGAGGCAGGAACAGUGAGUUUCAGAGAGGAGUGGGUAGGAGUACAAUGGGAAGAGAGGUUGUCGAAGAAAUAA